UUACAGCCUAAAGAAACAUUUUUGCAACAGUCUGCUUACUAUUAAUUAUCACGUUUAUCACGCUUUGUUCGAACAUCUAGCACAUUAUGUUAACUCAAUAAUGGCCUUGCUGCGUAUAAACGCAGAAACUCUCGUUACUGCCAUUUUGAGCAUUACGUGACCAUAUUGAGUACAACAGUACCAUUUUGAGUUUAACAUUACACUUUGUACAUUAGCGUGUCAACGCAAUCUUUAGGUGGAAAAAAUUAUUACAAGUCGUUGUUAUAAAGUGCAAAAAUACGGCAGUGCUGUGCAGUGCAAUUAGCUAAAAAGAAAGUUCAGUGCAUCAAAACACAACACACAAUUAAAAGCUAAACAAAGCAAGCGUGCUGCCCAAUUCUUAUCACCAAGCCCGAAAGUGUCACCGCCAAGACGUACGUGCGAAAAAUGUUUUGGGACAAGGGUUAUGCGCCCUCAGCCAACAUAGAGGCGCUGCUGGAGAAGGAGAACUCCACGGUUGAGGAAUUUCUGGACGAGGAGGAUAUACUGCAGGAAUGCAAAACGCAAAAAAAGAACCUGGUUAACUAUUUUACACGGCCCGAGGUAAUUAGACGACUCGUCGAGCUAAUCACAACGGAACCCGCGGAGGAUCUGCCCAUGGCGCAGCGUUUUCGCUAUGCAAACAUGUCAUGUGAGAUACUCACACUCGGCCUGCCGUCCCUAGAUGAGAAACUGCUGUCGGAUGCGGAUACCCUGCAAUUGCUGUAUUCAUAUCUGGAAAAGGAACCACCGUUAAAUCCAUUGCUAUCAUCGUUUUUUAGUAAAACGUUUAGCAUGCUUUUUACCAAAAAGCCUGAACAAGAUUGGUUUUUGUAUCAACACAUGUGCCUACAACUUUUGGAGUAUAUUAAAUUGCAGAAGAACUUUUUGGAUUUCAUUUGUAAACACUUCGACACACCGGUCAUACCCGAUCUAAUAAUGCAAAUGAUGAAGGACAUCGAUGGUGGUCAACUGAAGCGCAACCUAUACGAAUGGUUAACUGAAGAUAAAAUUGUUGAGAGACUGAUUGCAAUAUUGCGUAAUCCUCAAGAGACCGAUAAACAUGCAAAUGUUGCGGACUUUUUCUGUGAUCUUAUCAACCAAGGUCGUCUUAUGCGGCAAACCGAGCAGGAGAACGACUCGUUUGAGCCAGCGUUCGAUGGCUCAAAUCCCAUAUUGCGUACCAUUGAAUCCGCACAGACAAUUGAAGCCUUGUUAAAUGUGAUUUUGGAACCAAACGCUCUAGAGAGCGCCAUCUUAUCAGGAAUAUCGGUUGUACUUACGCUUAUCAAGCCCAUUACAUUCACUGAUGAGCCGAACUCGGAUCGCCAGCGUUUACUGCAGAAACGUGAGCGCGAAUUUCAUCAGGAAGUGCAGGAGACUGUGAUUACGGUUAUAGCGCCACGCCUACAGGAAUUUGUGCAUGUGCUGAAGAAUCCGCCCGCGAAACCGAGCCUGGAAACGACCGCGGCGGUGCUCUCGCCGCCAUUUGGCAAGACGCGCCUUCAGGUUUGCCGCGUCUUCACCGCACUGCUGGAGACCAAGCACGAGACCAUACAAAAGGCCAUCUGUGCCACAGACUACUUUGCUCUGCUGCUGGACUAUUUCAAGGAGUACUGCUGGAAUAACUUUCUGCAUAGUGAGCUGGAGAAGGCAUUGCAUCUGGUGUUCUACAAUGAGCUGUCGAAUAACAACACCACCUCCACUGAGUGCACCGAUAUAUUCCAGGAUGAUUACAUAUUCAACUGCCUGAUGAAGGCCACGAAUGAUGCCUUGCGGACUGAGGUGGAAAUGAAGAAUGCCUUAAACGAUGUAAAGCGUGCAGAAGGCGGCAAGGAUAACCAGGCAUCGGACAUCGAAUUCGAAGCUGCAGCAGCACAGCAGGAAGCAGCAGCAGCCGCAGCGGCUGAAAAGGUUGACGAAAGCGAGACUGAAGCAACAGCCAACACGCAGGAGAAUCACAUUGAGCACAAUUCUGCUGAUGAUGAAGCUGUUGCUGUUGCUGUUGCUGACGCUGACGUUGCAUCUGUUCCUGAUGAUAGCCAAGCAGUAGCGAAUACGACGGCUGAUGCAACGCAGCCAACGCUCAACGAUCUGGACCAGACCAAAGCGCCAAUCAACAACCCGCCCACAGAGAUGCAAACCUAUCUUAUUGUCAAUUGCCAACUGGUGUCCAAAUUGGUCAAUUACUGGCGGCACAAUACAGAGGCGCAAUCCACCGAGAAGGGUCGACGACUGGGCUAUAUGGGGCAUCUGAUCAAAAUCCUAAGACAUAUUACGAAUUGUAUAUCAGAAUCUGAACAUAUCGCUGCCCUGAUUGCGUCUAGCUUUGGCAAUGAGUCGGAGCUGCAGCUCUGGCAGUCGCUGAUCGACGCCGAGGAGGGUGAAUUUACGCUGGCGGUAUCCCAGCAGAACAAGCUGCUGGCCAAUUGCAAUCCGCACGAGGAGAAUGAGUAUAAUGCGGGCAACUCCAAGGAUUUUCUGGGCGAGGCCAACACCUGGGACACUGGCGCGCUCUCGUACAGCAAUGUUUGCUACAGCGAUCUGGAUAAUACACUGCAGGACAUUGUCUUUACCAUGGACAAUGAACAGAAUCUGUUUCAGUUUGGGGGCAACAUCGACGACGAUGAUGAUGACGAUGAUGAGCAGCACGGCGGCAGCAGUGGCGAUGGCCAUGGCCAUGGCCAUGGUCAUGGUCAUGGCAUGCUCACCAAGAAUUCCACAACGCUCAACAAUCUGGCCGCUGAUCCCUGGGACAUGGAUGUACAAUUCGCUGACAUGACGGGCAUCUCCGAUGCGGAUGACAAUCUGGUCAAUGCCGGCACCGCCAGCUGGGGCACCGAAUUCACCAGCGACAAUUUUGCCGAUUUUGAUGCACAUUUCAGUAGCUUCGGCAGCGAUCUGGGCUUGCCGACAACACAGCCGCCGGCAACGGAUGCUGCAGCAGCACAGGCGCCCACUGAAGCGCCCACGAGCAACAGCAUUGAGGAGCAUCGAACUGAAAUGAACGAGGACGAUGUGUCCAUGACUGCAGCAACAACAACAACAACCACAACAAACAAUUCAACCACCAAUGACGACGACCGGCAGGCAGAGUACGACAACAAUGCCAACGUGGAGAAAGCAUCCAGCGAUAAGCAAAAUGAGCUUAACGAUGCCGAAACAGCUGGCACAACGGCUGCCACGGCAGCCACAUCGAUUGUGAGUCGACUGCAAUCGGUGCUGCUCGAUGGCGAGGAGGAUUACGAGGACGACGAGGGCAUGUGGACCAAGCCGUUGGGCGGCGGCAGCAGCAAUCAGUCUGAAUUGGCAACGGAACAACCCACACCCAUAACGAAUGGACCCAGCAAAAUAACCGAAUUCAAUCAUGCCAACGAUAACAACAGCAGCAGCAGCGGCGCCGGCGAGGCACGCGACGACAGCAACAUCACAGCUGGAACGGAGCAGUUGGUGGAGCAGCCAAAGAAGUCGGAGAGCAUAGCUGCGGCUGCCUCAAAAGCUGCGGAGAUUGCAACAACGACAACAUAAAUGUGCCGGCACACUGAACACCACACACCCCCCAAACACACACACACACACACCCAAAAACACACGCACAUGCAGCCAGAGAAACGACGUCAGCAACUGCAAUUUGUUAGCAUACAUAAAAAAUGUGUCGAAAAGUUGUCAAACAUAAAAAACAAGCCUUUGA